AUGAAUCAAUUCGAUGACUUGUUCGAAUUUGGUGAGGAUGACGGACUGGAUAUCCCCCUCAUUGCCGACAAUCAUCUCUUCAGCAACGGAACUGACCUGUUCGAGAAAGAUCUUUCUGAUUGGCUCCACGAAGCUAUAGAUAGCCCUCAUCUAGGCAACAAGUCUCUGCCGUACUCCCAAGAUGUCGCUCAAGAGCAUCCACCUCUUGCGUCCUCCGACGGUGCGUACUUCGAGGAAUCCGAUGAUCUCUUCCAAGACAUUGAUUUUGGCGAUGGACCGAUGAACGUCUCGUCACUGCCUGAUCAGCCGAUUCCACAGAUAGGUAACACGGAUCUGACCUUUGACCAGACGUUUCCUCGAACCCCACUCACGCCAGUCCUUACCGUCGAUCCCGCUGUACUUCUCAACAACAACAUGUGGCAGCCUCAGACUGAAUCAGCUUCCGUUCCAGCACCUGAUAAUGCCUUCAUGUGGCAUCUGACGGGCACGAAUAAGUUGAUCCCAAUGCCUGGUAGCGGUCAGCAGCAACAAUGGCCGGUAUUCGCAAACCAGCAGGUCCAGCUUCACCAGCCACAGCCAAGCGUCGCACAAAUUCAGUACAUGCAAGCUGUACAACAAUUCCAGUUUGCCCAGAAUCAACUCGCUCUGAGCAUGCAGCCUCCGGUCCAAUCGCCCAUGAACGCUCAGUUGCCUCCAGAUCAGCAGAUAUUUCAGCAAGCACAUGGCUCUCUGCAACCACAGACUCUGCUAUAUCAGGAACCUGAACCAGCCCAGGAUGUACAGGCACUGCAAAUCACGCCAAUCGAAGUCACUCCACCAGAGCUUUCUCCUAUUCCGCCGACCGCCUUGCAAACUGCUGCAAUAACUCCGUCUGAACAGCAGGAAGGCCCUUCAAACCCUCCACGCUCUCGCGCCAGCCGAAAGGCCCGAGUCAAUCGCACAUCCGACCGCACGCAGGAUGCUCACACCCCGAAACAAUCUUAUGGUCGCUUGACGUUCAUCAGCCUUCGCGAAGCGGAAGCAGCGAUGCCUGGUCGCUAUCUAGAGAAGAACUGGCAGGCCCCGUCUCCCGAUGAGACUGUGCCAGACACGAACGAGGACCGCGCGUACUGGGUUCUCAAGAUACUCGAUGCCAUGCAGGAUACUUCAACAUGUAAGGACAAUAAGGAUGGCUUCUCUUUCGUGAAGCGCUGGCGAAAUGCCGGUUACUACAACAUUCAAGAGAUGGAGAAGGUGUGCUGGCAGAUGGUGGACGUCGCUGAGCGCCUCCACGCCCAGGGUCCGUCGGUUAUGAACAUAUACUGUCACGACGCGCAUAAGAAGCUGCAUGCUUCUCGUAGCCUUACGUUCGAGCAGCGUAUUGUUGCCAUCUGUGACAUGCUCAAGUUGUCCAAGUUUCUGUGUGACAAUUUGAUGAAGGGCGAGGGCACUGAAGCAUUGGUCGGUGCACCGAAGCAGAAGAUGUCUGGUGCGAGGACCAUGGCACGUCAGAAUCUGAAGCGCCAGAAUUGGCUGGAGGAAGGACGCCGCAAGGAUGCCGAUCGGUUGAAGGGCAAGACAGACGUUCCAGAAGAUGAGCAGGAUGUCCUUGUCAACAAGACAAACGUCCCACAGCCUACUUCGCGCAAGCCCAAGCAGAAGUAUAAGCGCUCUGCUCCAGCUUCGAAGCCUCUUGCUCGCGCAGUAACAUCUGAAGACCCCGACGAGGAAGAGUCUCACGAGCUUUCGCGUCGUCAGUCGAUUCCUGACAGCCCCACGAACGAGUCUAACCACACGACCUCUCCAGUAUCACCAUCGCCUUUUCCUACAUCUCCUUCAUGGAAGAAGACCUAUGCCAUUCGCGGUCACGGCCUCGGUCGUUCUUCCCCGCAUCGGGCAACACCGCCCAUGGAGCCAGGUAGAAAGUUCAAUGGCAUGUCUCGCAAGCGUGCGAUUGAUCUGACAGAGUCUGAUUCCGAUGAGGAGACUCCUUCACCUCCAUCCAAACGCAUGCAAGGUCCGAAGAAUGCCUCCAAGAAGCGUUUCGAAGGCCCUGUUCGUCGCACGUUGCGCAGUGCUGGACAUCGGGACACAGAUGAGAUGGAGAUAGAUGAGGCUUCUCAAGACGAAGCUUCUCGUGAAGAAGAUGCAGAGCACGAGAUUGAAGGCGAUGAAGACGAAGGGUCUGAGGUCGAGAGCUGCGCCCCUUCGAAAAUGGACAAGAACAAGCUCACCACAUCGAUAGAGGAGCCAGACGUCUCUGAAUCAGAGGCACAGUCUGACCAAGCGGACACUGAAGCCGAAACAAGCGAUAACAACUCCGAUGACGAUCAAGACGAGGAACCGGAAGAUUCGGAAGAAUCAAAACAAUCAGACUCGGACCCAGGCUCAGAAUUCGAACCAUCCCGCGUCCGCAAGCACAAGCGUCCUACCGCUGCUCCCCCAGCGAAGCGCGCAAACAAGGGCAGCAACGAGCCUGCACGUAAGACAGCACAAAUUACUUCUUCAACUACAGGCAAACCAUUUUAUGGGUCUGGCCGUCCUGCCCACUGGCCGAUCCCUAGGCCGUGGGGGUAUGCCUCCAAGGGCCGCCGCUAG